GAGCAACAACGCCAGCGGGGGCCCCACGGCCGAGGACGUGGCCGCGGCGCCCACCGAAGCCAUGCCGGGGGGUGACCGCUGCCGUGGCUACUACGACGUCAUGGGGCAGUGGGACCCGCCGUUUAACUGCAACCUGGGGAUCUACCAGUACUGCUGCGGGACGUGCGGGUACCGCUUCUGCUGCCAGUUCAAGCCCGGGCGGCUGGACCAAAGCGGCUGCUCCAACUACGACAACCCCAACUGGGUCAACACGGGCCAGCCACCAGCCCGGGUGGAUGAGACCCCCGAGGAUCCCACCCGGGACAAGACCAACAUGAUUGUGUACAUCAUCUGCGGUGUGGUGGCCAUCAUGGUGCUGGUGGGCAUCUUCACCAAGCUGGGCCUGGAGAAGUCGCAGAGCCCCCAGGCAGAGAUGACCAUGUCCAGGUAA